CCAAAACCCAUCACAUAAAUUCUCAAAUCUCAUCAUCAUUCUCAAUCAUAGAAACCAAACUAACACACUUGAUCUCUACAAAUGUAUGUGACGAGGCCGUUAUCGUUGUACAGAAAGUCUCCGACCUCUCUCUCUGAAGAACCACCGGAAGGUCCGUUUUCCGGCGUUCUCGUGAUCACAGACGAAGAAGCAGAAGCGGAGGACACUUUCUGUUUCGGGAUCUGCAAGAGGACAAGAGUCAAGAAGUUUCCGUUUCCUCAGGACAAGAUCUUAUCGGUCGUUCACACCGACAACUCGAGUUACAGAGAGAGUUCUGUCACAAAGGUGCUGUUUUUGCCCGUUCUUGAUCAGCCCCUGUCUUCUAAUCGGUACUAUGUCAUCCACGCCAAAGGCAGACAUAAAGGAAAAGCUUGUGUCUGCUUUAUGGAGAUAGACAAGGGAAUAUGUUGUCUUCCUGGUAUCUUACAGGACAAGAAGCCUAAACCUUUGGAUCCAAGAAACAUAUACCACACGGUAAAGAUCCAUCGCCAUCACGGGCACACGUUCUUCGCCAAAUCCAUUGCUCCCGGAAGUAAGCCUCCUUCCUUUCUCAAGAAGAAAGGUUGGGAGCUCCAGACCUCGAGGAGCCUGUAUCCAUGGCGGCUCAGAGAAGCCCUAGGCCUAGACGAGGAUCUCAGAAACCGUCUUCCCGGUUUCGAUUUCUCGGUCUCGACGAUACGGUCGGGGAGUGUGAUCGUAGGGGAAUGGUACUGCCCGUUCGUGUUCGUGAGGGAGCCUUGCAGGCCAAGGCACCAGAUGAGGAAAUCGGCAUUCUACAAGAUGACACUGUCUCAGUAUUGGGAACGCAUCUACCAACGCGACAACACAGACAUAUCAAACAACGAGAACACGAAUGAGAACGACGCGCAAGUGGUGAACGUAGACGUUAACGUGGAGAGGGAGGCGAGUUAUGUGAUGGGAAUGGAAGCAGUGAGAGGCGAGAAAGAAGGGGUUGGAGGGUUUUAUUGGUACAGCAUUAUCCCGAAAACCUCAGAGGCGAGGAGGAUGAUGAGGAAGAGGAGGAGGAUGGGAUUAGGGUUAGGGUUAAGCUUUGCGGUGGUGGAGAGGAUGAAGAGGGUGGAGGAGGAAGGAGGGUUUGUGGGAGGAAGAGGGAGGAUGGUGAAUAUAAAGAGAGAGGAGAAAAUUAGGGUUUGUAGAAGUGAGAAUGGUGAGAGUGACAGUAGAAACAGAUGGAGAAGAUUUGGGUGUUAUGUGUUGGUGGAGAGCUUUGGGCUGAGGAGAGCAGAUGGAACGUUGCUGCUUAAAUGUGUUUUCAGACAUUCUCAUAGAGUUAGAUGCAAGUGGGAGUGACUUUGGUUUCUGUUCUUUUGAAAAUAUUUAUUACUUUGUGUAAUGAUAUCAUUAUCCAUGGUUCCGUA